ACCAAACGCUGAGCAAAGACAAAAGAGGCAGCUCUGUUGGCGUGCUCACCUCACCUCAGCUCCCUUAGCUCCGCUUCACCGCUCGCUUGCUCCAACCUCCAAGCCACCAAGAUUUCUCAUUUCCGUCAGCGCCUCGAUAUCUCUCUCUUCCCCGUCCGGAAGGAAAAGCCAAGCAAUAGAGGGGUCCAAGGCCAAUCAUGGCGGAGGAGGCCAAGAACCUCUUCUCCGCUUCAGACGUUGCACUCCACGCGUCCAGGAAGGACUGCUGGGUCGUCAUCCAUGGCAAGGUGUAUGAUGUGACCAAGUUCUUGGAGGACCACCCGGGUGGAGAGGAUGUGCUCCUCCAUGCAUCAGCCUCUGGGGAUGCCACAGAGGCAUUUGAAGAGGUGGGACACAGCACAUCAGCCAUCAGCAUGAUGGACUGCUACCUGAUCGGAAGCAUCGAGGGCUAUGUGCCUCCGAGCGCAUCAAAGGCUACAGAUGCUGCGAGUGUCGGUGCACCACCAAAUUCCAGGACAAUGCAAGGGAACAAAGGCCCUCCUAAUCCGAAUACCUUCCUGGAUUUCCUACUCCCGUUGUUUGUGCUUGGUCUGGCGUUUGCAGCUUGGUAUUACCAAACCUUCGUCUCCAAGGGCAAUUAAUUUCAGUGAGGCUUGGAAUUAUUGCUCAUCAUUAGAUUGCCAGGGUUGCUUCAGUGAUACAUUUAAAGAAGUUAAAAUUGAUCUUACGGUACUUCGUAGUUGAACGAUGUUUUUAACUGUUGUUUAUGUGGUAUGUAGACGAAUGAAGACAAAGAAUUCGUCGUGUUUUGCUUUAUCUUUCAGGAAGUUGUAGGAUUUUCCUUGGAAAUCCUGUUCCUAUUUGUGACAGCAAUGCCAGCGCAGAGUUGUAUGAUUACUGAAUGGGAGAAAUUGUACAUAUUUUUGCUUUGAAUGAUUUUUUUGGGUGAGGAUUCA